AUCAUCUACUUUUUCCUGUUGGAUCCUUGUUGACAUCUCCUUUGUUUUCAUUAAAAGUUGCCUCAGUAGUUAAAGCUGAAUUUUCCCGGCAGCAUUGCAAGUGUACGCCAACAGUAGGAGUGUUUUUUUUAUUGUCGCGAAAAUGAUCGAUUCAAAAGUGCAUACCAUGGAGAAUGGAAAUUUAUCCCGCUUGCCAGUUCCAGAAAUUAAAGAGGAAAUAUUUCAACACACCCACAAACAAGUUCAUCGACGAGAUGAUGUACGGUUGAAACCACCGAAACUGAAGCCUAGAUACGAUACUAACUUUAAUCGUGACCACACCGCCCAUGCUAUAUCGUUUCGUGGAGACGACCUCGAGUGCGUGGCAGACUCCUCACUGUUGGGAUCAACGUACGAUUGCUCUUUGAAUGAAACAUAUUUUGAGCAGUGUUUUACGUGUUUGGCUAAAAUUGGAGAGGGUUCCUUUGGGGAGGUAUUUAAAGUUCGCUCCAAAGAGGAUGGCCUAUUGUAUGCUGUGAAAAAGUCUAAGCAAUUAUUCCGAAGUGAUCUAUAUCGGCAGGAGCGUUUGGAAGAAGUAAGACGAUAUGAACAGUUUUCAGGCCACAAAAAUUGUUUGCAGUUCUAUCGUGCUUGGGAGCAAGAGGAUCGUCUAUUUAUGCAAAUGGAAUUGUGCAGAGAAAGUUUGGACUCUUACUUGCAGCGCAAACGUAACAUUCCCGAAGAGAAAAUUUGGUCCAUACUCUUGGACCUGUUGUUGGCAUUAAAGAGUCUACAUGAUCGUAAUCUUCUACAUUUGGAUAUCAAACUCGACAAUGUUUUGAUCGGCGAUGAUGACAGCUGUAAGUUGGCGGAUUUUGGCUUAGUUAUUGAUGUCGAUCGGGCCAAUAGACAUCAGGCAACGGAAGGCGAUUCUCGUUAUGUGGCGCCAGAGAUAAUGCAGGGCAAUUUUUCAAAGGCAGCCGAUAUUUUUAGUUUGGGUAUUGCAAUGUUAGAGCUAUCAUGCUAUUUAGAACUACCAGCGAAUGGUCCACUAUGGCAGCAAUUAAGAAGUGCUGUAUUUCCGGAGGAUUUUCUAAAAAAGAUUUCAGAAGAAUUGCAAAACGUCAUAAAGGAUAUGAUGACACCAGAUCCCAGACAAAGGCCGACAGUCGAUCAUCUAUUGAGUAACAAACGAUUUGUUACAAUGCUACAAAGAAGACGUCACUGGGAAUUGGUGAACAAAAUGAAGACCGCUGUGCGAAAAUCUCGCAGAUUAGCAUGGUCAACAUUGUGCAAUUUGAAAAAUGUAGUUUUUAGUUUUUUCGCCACUAUUCUUAGUAUAUUCGGUAAGCGAGAAUUAUCGACAGACACAAGCACGUACAGUGCUCCUACUACGGUGGAAAAGAAAAGAGCGCCACAUUUACGCUCACAUUUAACCUCAUCCACUCCCACAAUGAACUCAUCAAAAGCCAAAGCCCGCAUCGAUUUACAAUUUGAGGAUGAUCUCUAUUUCGGACAGCAACAUUCAACACCCUAUAAUAAUGGUUUGAAUGAUAAUGAUAAAAUAGUCAAUUCAACGCCGCUUAAUCACAACCACAGCAGUUUCCGUUCUCGGAAGGAUUUAACGAAAACAUGUUUUAAUGAUAAUUCUGAAGUUCCGUCUUUUCUACUAAAUAAAUCAACUUUCUCGUAUAUAGAUGAUGGUGAUUCAAGUUCAAGUUUGCAGUGUCUACGUAGACCUUUGGAUGUGUCUUCUAUGCGAGGGAAGAAACUAUUUAGUAAAUUUGACGAAGAUACCGAUUAGACAAUUACAUUUCUUAAGUUCCUAACUCCAAACUAUUUUAUUUUUAUUUCAUAUUUUUUUCCUCUAUGAUUGUGUUUUAUGCAUAUUAAUACUAACGAUGUAUUAACGAUUUAGUGUCCCCAACGGGUACAACAUAUAUUCAUAGAAUGUAAUUGUAAUUUUAAGUUAAUCAUGUUAUUUUGUUUCAUCAUCGCAAUUUUUUCAUCCUACCACCGAUGGUAGCAUAUAGAAUUAGUUUAUAAAGUAUAAUUGAAAAAAAAAAAACAAGUAUAUUUAGACAUAUGUGAUAUGUUAACGAAAACUAUU